AUGGCUGAGAAGCCGUCGGUGUUGAUCAUCGGCGGGCUCGGGUACAUCGGCCGCUUCCUGGCACUUCAUCUCCACAAGAACGACCUUGCGUCCGAGGUGCGCAUCGUCGACAAGGUGUUGCCGCAGCUCGCAUGGCUGCCGCCAGAGUUUGAGGAGGCGUGCGCAGGGUCCAAGUUCGUGCAAGCAGAUGCGAGCAGAGAGCAGUCUCUUGCGCGGAUAUUUGACAGAGCGGAUGGGAAGCAAUGGGACUAUGUCUUCAAUUGCGGUGGAGAGACCCGGUAUUCCCAGGAAGAUGAGGUAUACAAGCUGAGGUCGCUUGGUUUGUCACUGGCCGUAGGAAGGGAGGCAGCCAAGCGCGGCGUAAAAUGCUUCGUGGAGCUGAGCACGGGGAUGGUGUAUAAGCCCGACUCGGCACCGAGCAAAGAACAGGACAAGCUGAAGCCGUGGAGCAAGAUCGCCGUCUUUAAACUGCAGGCCGAGGAGGAACUCGCUAAAAUUGAAGGGUUAAAUCUUGUCGUUGUACGACUCGCCCAUGUCUACGGUCCAUAUGCCUCUCAAUGGGUCGCCACAGCUCUCUGCAUGGCAAGGGUGUACAAGGCGCUGGAGUCCGAGAUGAAGUGGCUGUGGACAAAAGACUUACGCCAGAACACUGUCCACAUUCACGAUGUGGUACGGGCGCUGUGGGCAGUCGCCGAAUGGUACACGGCCGGCAAAAACAAGUGGGACGACAAGAGCAUGGGCAAGGUGCCGACGUUCAACGUGGUCGAUAAGGGCGUUACCACGCAGGGAACCAUGGCAGACAUCAUUGGGCAGGUGUUCGAGAUCGAGACCGGCUUCCAGGGGCAGCUCAUCAGCACUUUUGCCAAGCUCAAUCUCGACAGCGUAGUCGACGACGUCAACGACGAAACCCUGGGUCCAUGGGCCGAUCUUUUAGCCGAAGCCGGCAUCACGAGGCCAGGCCCGCUGACCCCGUUCAUGGAGAAGGAGUUGCUCAAGGACACGGAUCUCAGCAUGGAUGGUUCGAGGUUAGAAGACGUGGUUGGCUUCACUUACGAGAAGCCCAAGAUCUCCAAGGAGCUGAUAGAGGAGGUCAUUGAAAGUUACAAGAAGAUGAAUUGGUGGCCCUGA